AUGCCUGGUAUCUUCGACACGGACGGCGUGCACGUUCCGGGUACGGAAUGUGACUUCCAAUUCAGCCGGUCCGGGAGCCGUCCGACACACGGCCGGUUGUACAGUCCCCGGUACCCGUCCAUCUACCCCAAUAAUGUGCGCUGUUCCUACCAUUUCCAUGCCAGACCAAAGGAACGCGUGAAAAUUGUGUUCGAAGAAGUUGCUCUCCAAAAAGGUGACAUCAGUUGCCUGCGCCGUGCGGAUAUCAUCAAAGUGUUUGACGGGAGGGAUACUAACUCGCCAGCCAUUGCGAUGCUGUGUAACGAGCUUACAGGCUACGAGGUGCUGUCGACGGGCCCAGCGCUGCUCAUCCAGUUCACCGCCAAUUCGGCCACACCAGGCCAGGGGUUCGCAGCCACAUUCCUGUUUCAACCACCACCCGACUCAACUGCUGCUGAUUCAGAUCGCCUACUUAAGCUGAGUUUUGGCAAAGCUUUCGAGUCUCUGGGGCCUGAAGUGAGCGCCACAAGUAAGUAG